CUGCUCUGCUAAAACAAUAAUGAUUGGCCACACUCGAGCUUAAGUUUCUGCGCUUCAAAGAAGUUAAAAAUAACAAUGUUAAUUACUUCAGUAAGUAAUUAUGAACAAAGAUCAUGAGAAACCGGCUUCUGCCUGCUCCACUCCCAUUGCCGCGACGCAAUACGAACUCAGCGACACCUUCUACACCAAUCAGCAGAAGGGCCAUGUCUUUCGAGUGCGUCUUAACGGCGAUGGCUUCACAUUGCAGCGUGAAUCGCCGAGCGGCACAAAGGAGCAGGUUGUCAAAAUAUGCGACAUUGUGGGCGGACGAUGCAUGCGCCUCAAACAGAGUCGUCGUAGUUUGGCCAAUGCAUGCGCCUGCAGCAGCGGUAAUUCGAGUUCUUCCCCUGCGGCAUCCGCACGCGUGCACUCUGGAGCGACUGGCGACACGCCCAGCAAAUGCAGCGCUGCCAGCAGAGAAGAAUAUCAUCGUGGGGGGGCGACGGCAGACUACUACGAUGGCGAUGUCAGCGCUUACCUCUACGUGUUCGCCUACGUGUUGAAGAAGAAGAGCUUGCGCAGUACGCUUCAUCGGGAGAGAACGGUACUGCGCCUGCGCUUUCGCAGCUUCGACACCUUCGACGACAAUAUGCGUGAGGCCGAGCGUUGGUAUCGCGCCUUGCGAUGGCAACUCCAUCAUACAUUGGAGGAGAUCUUUGUAACGCGCAUUCAGGAUGAGCGACGUCGACGUGUCCUCGUACUUCUUAAUCCCAAGUCAGGUUCAGGCAAGGCGCGUGAGAUGUUUAACAUGCACGUCUGCCCUGUCUUCAAUGAGGCCGAAGUUCCCUACGAUCUUUACGUAACAAAGCAUUCCAAUUAUGCCAGUGAGUUUGUUCGCACGCGUCCUUUGAAUGUCUGGUGCUGUGUGGUGGCCGUUGGAGGCGAUGGUCUGUUCCACGAGAUCCUAAAUGGGCUGCUGCAACGCGAGGACUGGGCGCAGAUAUUGCGAACCACAGCUUUAGGUAUUGUGCCCUGUGGUUCGGGCAACGGUUUGGCAAAAUCCAUUGCCCAUACCUACAACGAACCUUAUAGCAGUAAACCAAUUUUGGGCUCAGUGCUGACGAUAAUCAGCGGCCAGACGACUGCCAUGGAUGUUGUGCGCGUUGACCUGCCCGAUCGCACUAUUUACUCGUUCCUGUCCAUUGGCUGGGGUCUCAUCUCGGAUAUUGACAUCGAGAGCGAGCGUCUCCGCAUUUUGGGCUAUCAGCGCUUUACUCUGUGGACGCUGCAUCGUUUGGUCAGUCUGCGUACCUAUAAUGGCAAGAUCAGCUAUCUACCUAUUAAGGAGCACCAGCCACCGCAGGACAAUCUCCUGCAGCCCUUGAAGGCGCAGCUCAGUCGCAGCUGCACCAUGCAUAUUGAUAAACUGUCCUCCAAUCAAGGCUUCCAUCAGUCGGCGGAGUUUCUGCCGCAAGAAUUCGAAGAUGUCAUCUCGUUAGAGACUUCCAUAAACCACUCUUUCCGUUCGCGCUGUGAUAGCUGGCUGUCAAAUGGGUCGCGUCGUAGCUUCUACUACUCCAUCUCGGAGAGCGUAUAUCACAGUUUGGCGGACGAAAGCGACUGUAUCGCAGCGUCGUCCGACAAUCCGCGUCAAGCCUAUGGACCUGCUUCCAACAUACCAAAGCUGGAGGAACCAUUACCUCUGGACGAAGGAUGGUGUGUGGAGGAGGGGCAGUUUGUUAUGAUGCAUGCCGCCUACCAGACACAUUUGGGCACUGAUUGCCAUUUCGUACCCAAGGCGCAGCUCAACGAUGGCACCAUCUAUCUAAUCAUAAUCCGCACCGGCAUCAGUCGCCCACAACUGCUGAACUUCCUCAUCAACAUGAGCUCCGGCACCCAUUUGCCGGAAAAGAAUGGCGAGUUUGUUAAGGUACUGCCCGUGCGCGCCUUCCGUCUAGAGCCCUACGACGAUCACGGUAUCAUCACCGUGGAUGGAGAACUUGUCGAAUUUGGACCGCUACAGGCAGAGGUGCUGCCAGGCAUUGCACGCGUCACAAUUCCAAAAUGAAUCAAUCAGAAACGAGCUAAAUAAGUUUGAAUCUCACAGUUGGGAGGAUCCUCAAACUACAAAGAAACAUUCGAGCAAUAAUAAUCUCUUAUAGGAAAUCUCUGCAUUUCUCCGGUUGUUUAUCAACUGGAAAUCGUUAAACAAAUUGUUGUUGGUACUUAGAAAUGACGAUGACAGUGUAAUUUAAUUAUUUUUGUAGGUAAAUAAGCCUACUUAUUAUUGUUAACAUUUUUUAUUAACAUUAUUAAUAUUAUUAGAAACACUUAACAAAAUAUGAAUAUAA